UAUUGUUUUGAGACAUUUAUUUAUUGCAAGAACUUAGAAGUGCAUUUGUCAAGAUGGAGUUUGAAGUUGAGCAGUGCAACCCAUCUUCUGAAGAGCCUUGCCCGCUCUUCAUUACAGGAGCAAGCAACAAUGAUACCAUGACCAUGUCAGCUCUGGCUAUUGUCUUGGGAACGACAUGGCUGCUGUACUGGGCUCUAUCAAGACUCCUCCUGUUUGUAGCCAUCCUCAACAUCAUCCCACUCAUGGUCUUCGUGUUCCUCUACACCACCUCCAUCUACUGUCAUCUCUACAAGACCUGGAACCACAUCGGGGAGGACCUGGUCUUCACGGCAUCCGUCUACGAGAGGGCCAGGAACAACAUUGCCUGGGGCUGGGACCUCAUUGGAAAAAUCUGGUUUGGUUUCGAAAUACAAGGAUUAGAGAACCUGCCGAAGGAGGGUGGCGCAAUUUUGGCAUAUUAUCAUGGGACUAUUCCUAUCGAUAUCUACUUUAUCAUCAGUAAAAUUAGAUUGGAGUGCAACCGCUCUUUGAACACAGUAGCUGAUAGAUUUGUUUACAAGCUUCAUGGCCUCAAGUUACUAUGGAGGAUCUUUGCUGUGAACAUUGGUACCCGAGAGGUGUGUGUUCGGAUCCUCAAGGAAGGCAACCUCCUGGCCAUAGCACCGGGGGGUACCAGGGAAGCCUACUUCAGUGGCAACACCUAUACUCUCAUGUGGGGCCAGAGAAAAGGGUUCGCAAAGGUCGCGAUGGAAGCCAAAGUGCCUAUCAUCCCAGUCUUUACUCGGAAUUGCCGAGAAGCCUUCCGCACACCCAAGCUAGGGCGGGGCAUCCUCAGGUGGCUGUACGAGAAGACUAGAGCUCCACUAGUCCCCAUCUAUGGGGGUUUCCCCGUUAAACUAAAGACAUUCAUUGGUCCUCCUAUCCAAUGGGAUCCCCAGAUGACAGUAGAUGAUAUCGUACAGAAGGCCCAUGAGGCUGUGGAGGGACUCGUUCAUAAACAUCAGAAGAUUCCAGGCAGCAUCCGACGUGCUUUCUUAGAACGCUUCUACGACUCCGAAGAAAAAGAAGAAUAAGUACUUUUUUAUUAGCUAGUUUUACCUCGAGUUUUACACAGUACAGUAUCGGCAAAUAUUUCUUUACUCUAAAGAAGCAUCUCAAUGAAUCUAUGAUAUACAGUGUACCCUGUAAUUUGUAUUUUUAUAAACUUAAAAAGACAUUCCUAGAUGAAUACAGGCUUUCUUACUAUUGACCAUAAUAUACAUCAGUGUAACACUAUUUUAGCUAAAUACAUGUAAAUGUAUCUUUGAAAACUUUUAUACUGGACAUAAAAAUAUUAUGUAUUUGCCGUCACCUGUGCCUGGGAGGCAAAAAUGCAAACUGAAUCGCUGUAACACUUGGGUCUCUCCUCCCGGUAUAACUGAUUGGGGAUGUGCAGGUGAACC